AUGAGCUGGCAGCACGAGAGCGAUGUGGCUGUCUCCGCUGAGUCGCGCUGCGCCCACAGCUUCUUCUGCUCCGUCUGCAUCGAGACAUACGACGAGGUGGAGGAGUGUGCGCGCUUCCUCUGCGCGCGCCACGCGGAGGCGCACGGCCGGACUGCGGGUUGCUCUGGCCACACCGUGGUGCCUGCCGGCCACGCCGCGGGGCGCUCCGGCCACACCGAGGGGCGCUCGGCACCGCUCGGAAGACGACGGAACGGAGGAGCAGGAGGAGGAAGGCUGGGGCCGGAUGAAGAUGAUGACGAUGAGGAGGCGGUCGCGGCCGAGAUUUUGAGAGUGCAGAGCCAAAAGUUUGUGAUGGAGCUCGAGAUCGCUGAGAUUGUGCAGCUGGGCAACAGCGUGGAGCAGUGUCUGCAGGCUGCCCAGCUCCGUAUCGCUGCUAACUUUGCUCUGCACCGUGAGCUGCUGCUGGCGGCGGAGCUGCGGGCGGCGUCCCGGGCCCGGGCCGAGGCCGCCCGGGCCGCGAGGGCGCUGGGAGGCGCCGCCGCCGCCCGCCGGCUUCACGUCGCUCGCCUUGAGGGGCGCCUGGCCCGGCUACACCACGCACGGCGGUCACGUGGACCCCUGUCACUGCUGCGGCAUCUGGAGGACGCCUCCCUCUGGGAGUCCACGUGCUCUCCGUGGAUGUCUCUGGACGCGUCCCGUCUGCUCCUGUGGAGCCGCCUCGACCCCGGGGCGAUUUGCUCGUCGGCAGGAAUCGGCUUCGAGCAUCUCCACUCCCUCCUCGUCAGCACCUACGGCCGCUCCCCGACCCUGAACCCCAACUCGGCCCACCGCAGCCUCCUCCUCUCGGCCGACCUCCGCUCGGCGUCGCUGGCGCUCGACCCCCCGCGCCGGCCGGCCCACCGCGACCGCUUCGACGUCCUCCCGCAGGCGCUCGCCGCCCGGGGCUUCUCGUCGGGCCGCCACUACUGGGAGGCGGACGUCGGCGGCGCCCGCGGCUGGCGCCUCGGCGCCGCCUACGGCUCGCUGGCGCGCAAGGGCGGCGGAGGCGGCGGUGGCGGCGGCGACGGGCGGCUCGGGCGGGGCGGGGACUCGUGGUGCCUCGAGAGCUGGGCCGGGGCGCUCGCCGCCUGGCACGGCGACGUGGAGGUCGCCGUGCGGGACGCCGGCGGAGGCGACGGCGGUGACGGCGGCGGUGACGGCGGCGGCUCGGCCAGGAUCGGCGUCUACCUGGACUACGAGCGGGGCCUGCUGGCGUUCUACAGCCGGCUGUACCCCGCGAUCGGACUCUGGAUUGGAUCGCUGGCGCUGUGCGAGUUGCCCUGA